AUGUCGGCCAUGAGGGCGCUCAAGCGUCGACGCCUUGACGACCAGGAGGAUUUGAAUAAGAGCUCGCCCGGCAAUUCGACAACGAGAGCACCAUCGACGCCGGCGACGGAAAAGCGGAAUGGCAGAUUGACGCAAUCGUCGCCUGCCGGCAACGGGAAUAGAAUUGCGAAAUCGAGCACUUCUUCGAGCCGCAACUUGUGGGAGGAAGCCAAAGCCAAGGCGCUCGCGGACAAGCAACAAUCUAGAAGAUCUGUUUCGCGAAGAGACGUUGAUGUUUAUGAUGAUAUUGAGGGCGCAAACGCCGGAUCGCAACAGGCUCGCCCGUCCAAACAUGGCCCUGGGCUACCGAAGGCCACAAAGGAGGAGGAAAAUGCUAGUCCCAAGAAGACCCUGGAUCCCCUCAGGAAUCAAAAGGCGCAGCAAAGUGCGGCUGCAAGUCCCAAAAAGUCUGGCACGAGUCUGGGAUUCUUCAAACAGUUUCACGGACCAAAGGCGGAGACUACCACCGCCAACACAGGAGCGAAGGGCAAUGCAGGGCCUGUAUCUGAUAACAAAAAUAAGGGCGAGGCAAUGCCGGAAGGGACAGCUAAGAAUUGGUUCUACGGGAAGCCGAAGAAGACCUUCGAGGACGAGAUUCGCGAGCUUGAAGAGAGUGCUCGGAAAAACGCCGCGGACGACGAAAGCGAAGAUGAGCUGGCCACAGCGGAUGUAUCAAGACGGUCGUCGGCAAGACAGCCAUCGCAGAGGAGCUCAGUGGAACAGACAAAACAAAUUCGAGAGCCAGCGCCAAGUCCAUCAACAAGGACAUCAAAGCCGCCAGACCGGAAGAAAGUGCAGCAAGCCAAGCCGCUCGUUCUAGAGGAUAUCUUGGAUGGCGGAUCCGAUUCUGAAAUGUCCGGAAUGGAGGUACCUGAAUCAGAAGAAGAAAAGCCUGCGAAGGCUUUGGAAAGACCGGCUUCUGUUCGCAGUAGUCGACAACCUGCAUCGAAGAAAGUGACCCCUCGAGUGUCGAAGGUCGCAGGAUCCAAAGCUUUGAAGACUUUCGAAGAAGAGCAUUUGAAAUGUGUCCAGCGCAUUGUGCUUGAAAAACUUUUACGGAAACGGGCGAUACCAUUGACGAAUUUAGAUGCUGAACAUGCAAAAGUAAACACCGUGAUACAUCAGACCAUCACAGCGGGCGAGAGCAACAGCAUGCUCUUGAUAGGUGCUCGUGGAAGUGGCAAGACUACCCUCAUCGACCAAAUCCUGCGGGAGGAGAGCUCAAAACACCCAGACGACUUUCACGCAGUACGACUUAACGGCUUUAUACACACGGACGACAAGAUUGCUCUUCGCGAGAUCUGGCGUCAACUCGGAAAAGAGAUGGACCUCGAGGAAGAAGAGAGCACGUCCAAGAAUUACGCCGACACCAUGUCAAAACUCCUCGCUUUACUCUCACAUCCAGCCGAACAGGAGACAGAAGAGCCAGGACAGAUCACCAAGAGUGUCAUCUUCAUUCUGGAUGAGUUUGAGCUCUUUGCAAGCCAUCCACGCCAGACUUUGCUCUACAAUUUGUUCGACAUCGCGCAGAGUAGAAAGGCGCCGAUCGCCGUUCUGGGGCUGACGACUAGGAUUGAUGUCGCAGAGAGUCUAGAGAAGCGAGUCAAGAGUCGUUUCAGUCACCGCUACGUGCAUCUUGGCUGGCCCAAGAGCUUCCAAGCUUUCGAGCAGAUAUGCACUGCCGCUCUUUCGAUCACUAGCAAGGAGCUUAGCCUGGACGAGAAGACCUCGCUAUCGAAGUCGACGACAAGUCAAGAAUCGAUGUCUGGCGAACCGAUGGUUCUGCUUCUGUGGAACACGCUGGCCGACGACAUCUUGAAGUCGAAGCCUUGCAAUGACUUUCUACGGCGGCUCUACUUCACCACAAAAUCAGUGCCUGACUUCCUCGCAUCCUUGACGAUUGCUGUCGCCAACAUGCCCAUCGACUCGACAACGACAAUACCCAUCCUUCUCGAUCACUUCUCGUCAGCUUUGUCGCACCCUCCGUUACAACCACCGGAUUCGAAACUCAGCCUGCUUCAUUCCUUCAGCACUAUACAACUAGCACUCCUAAUCUGCGCGGCUCGCCUCACGAACAUCUACGGUACCGAAGUCAUCACCUUCGCACUGGCUUACGAGGAGUACAGAAACCUUGCUGCAAAAGCGAAGCUGCAAGCCUCUGCAGCUGGUGCAAUUGCGCAGGGUGCGGGGAACCGUGUAUGGGGCAAGGCGGUGGCGAGAGGUGCAUGGGAAGAGCUUGUUGAGUGUGGAAUGGUCUUGGAGGAUGGCAGAGCUGGUGGUACUGCUCGUGUUGAUGUGGGAUUGGAAGAGAUUGGCAUGAGUGGUGUUGAACUUGGACAGUGGGGAAGGUGGUGUAAAGAGAUAUAG